AUGGAAUCCUCGUCGUUCCUUGAUUCGCAGUCUUCUUCUCCACGCAGUUGGACAAUUUUUGGUUCUUUCAUGAUUUUCCGUCAAAUCUCUCCCUUAGUUCAGAAACAUCUGAUAAAGGUUUACUUUUUACUAUGUUGCACUCUCAUGGCAUCUGUAUUUGGAGUUAUUCUUCACAUGCUAUUGAACAUCGGAGGCUUUCUAACCUUCUUCGCGACAUUGGGCUGCUUGUAUUCGAUACUAACCUCUCCUACACAUGAAAAGAAAAAAAGAGUCGCAGUAUUAAUGGUGCUCUCCACUCUUCACGGUGCUACCAUUGGCCCUCUGAUCGAGCUGACCAUAGAUGUUGACCCAGGCAUUUUGGUAAGCGCGUUCAUAUCAACUGCAAUCGUAUUUGCUUGUUUCUCAGGAACUGCAUUGUUGGCAAGACGCAGAGUGUUUCUUUAUCUUGGAGGUUUUCUCUCCUCUUGUUUUUCAAUCCUUGUAUGGGCAGGUUUUGCAUCAUUAAUAUUUGGUGAUUCUGCUGCCCUCUUCAUAAUUCAGAUGUAUUUUGGGCUCUUGGUGUUUAUUGGGUACGUUGUGGUUGACACCCAGGAGAUUAUUGAAAGCGCUCAUCUUGGAAAUUUGGAUUAUGUGACAGAUGCUCUCUUGCUUUCUACCGACUUUAUUGCGAUAUUUGCUCGCAUUCUUAUCAUCAUGUUGGAGUAUUCGUCUGAAGAGAAAGAGAAAAAGGAAAAGAAACAGAGGAAGUAA